AUGGCUCCCGUAGCAUACUGGGCCAGGGAUGUUAUCUUCCUCCCUAGAUAUACCCAUGCCACGGCAUUGACGGAAGAGGAGCUUGUGGUAGAGAAGAAACUGCGCCGGAAGCUCGAUCUAAUGAUUAUGCCACUUAUGAUUUGGACCUACUUGAUGAACUACAUUGACCGAAAUAACUAUGCUGCGGCGCGUCUCCAGGGCCUCGAGGAGGAUCUGAAACUAACGGAUACACAAUGUCAGUUAUAG